AUGGUUGAUGAAGUUUUAGAGGAUGCGCCGGAAAGGGGAUUUUUGCAAAUUUUGCAAAUCGGCGGAUCAGCAGUUUUCGUCAUUCCGCUGAUUUCCAUCGUGGAGCACAUCGCAGUGUGCAAAUCCUUCGCUCAGAGGAGAGCAGUCGACGUGGAUCAAGAACUUGUGGCACUUGGAGUGAGUCAAGUUCUCGGGGCCUUCGUUCAUUCGAUGCCAGUCACAGGUUCAAUAUCAACAACUUGCGUCAACGCGGUUUCGGGUGUAAGGACUACCUUCGGCGGCAUCUGGGCAGGAACGAUUGUGUUGCUUUCGUUGGCGUUUUUGACUCCGUACGUUGGAUACAUCCCGUUGCCUGCUUUGGGAGCAAUCGUGAUCUGCGCAGUUCUUCAUUUCAUCGAGUACAAAGAAGCGAUGGAUGUUUGGAAGACGAAGCGAGUUGACAUGGUUCCGAUGAUGGUGACCUUCUUGGCCUGUUUGGUGAUUGGACUUGAAUGGGGCUUCCUGGUUGGUGUCAUGUCGAACUUGCUCAUGCUGCUCAUCGUCACUUCACAUCCGAACGUUCCCACACUCAAAUUUCAGAUUUCCGACGAUACGAAGGUAGUGGUAUUCCGCCCAGACCGAUUUUUAUUCUACCCUGGCAUCCAGAAGGUGCGAAACCUCAUCAAUAAAGGCGCAAAACGCAAUAAGGAUUCCUUGAUUGUUGUGGACUGCAUCAACUUGGUUGACAUUGACUUCACAGCAGCCAAAGGACUGGGUGCUGUCGCAAUAUCCUUAAAACUGAAUCAAAGAGAUUUAGUUUUUGUCAAUGUAUCCCAUCCUGUUGACAAAGCAUUGAAAGGAUUCACCUCAGAUGGAGUAGUGACUUAUGAAACUGCACAGGACUGGAUCAACACAAUUGAACAAAAAGCCAUGUCAGAAUCGGACAAAGAAGAGUUUGGAGUGCUGCUGAGGUCCCUGUCGAGGUUGGACAGCAGAAAUGACGAAACUGAAAAGCACAGAAUCGACGCCGACAGUGAAGACAGUGAAAACGAAGAACAAUCAUAUUCAACACGUGUCUGAUGAUUUGAAUUCGACGGAAUCGACUUCCUAGAAAAAUAUUUCACGUCACUUUUUCUCAGAGCAUUCGUGAAUUUCUUCCACGCCUGAAUAUAAUAGUGAUUUAAUAGAGAAAAAUACA